CCUGGACGGGUGCCUGGCCGGGUCAGUCCUGGACUGGUUUUCAAGCGCAUGGCCGUGUGGGUGUUUGGGGGCCGCCUUGGCCUGCGCGGGCAUCUUGGCGUCUGCAGGCUGCUAUGUUCCCGUUUUCAGAGCCGCGGCCCUCGGGGCGAGGAAGACGGGGACAGGCCGCAGUCCUCCUCGAAGGCGCCCAAGAUCCCCAAGAUUUACACCAAAACGGGAGACAAAGGGUUUUCCAGCACCUUCACAGGAGAACGGAGACCUAAAGAUGACCAAGUAUUUGAGGCUGUGGGAACUACAGACGAAUUAAGUUCAGCUAUUGGGUUUGCCAUGGAGUUGAUCACAGAAAAGGGCCACACAUUUGCCGAAGAGCUUCAGAAGAUCCAGUGCACGCUACAGGACGUCGGCUCCGCCCUGGCCACUCCACGAUCUUCAGCCAGAGAGGCUCACUUAAAACGCACAGCCUUCAAGGAAGAGCCUAUCAUGGAACUGGAACAGUGGAUUGACAAGUACUCCAGCCAGCUCCCCCCACUCACAGCCUUCAUUCUGCCUUCUGGGGGCAAGAGCAGCUCAGCACUGCACUUCUGCCGGGCCGUGUGCCGCCGAGCUGAGCGACGUGUGGUGCCCCUUGUCCAAAUGGGAGAAACGGAUGCAAAUGUGGCCAAGUUCUUAAACAGACUCAGCGAUUACCUCUUCACCAUAGCCAGGUAUGCAGCCAUGAAAGAGGGCAGCCAAGAAAAAAUAUACAAGAAGAGUGAUGUUUGAGACAUGAAGACAUGUGAGGGGAGCUCACUCUCUGGAGAGACCAUGGAAAACUUGAGAACAGCUCACACUAAGACUGGAAGUGAGGGGGCUGGAGAGAUGGCUCAGGGGUUAAGAGCACUGAUCUGCUCUUCCAGAGGACCCGGGUUCAAUUCCCAGCACCCAUAUGGCAGCUCACAACUGUCUGUAACCCUGGUUUCAGGGGAUCUG